AUGGGGCUGCGGGCGGCCGGGGACGCGGGGCGCCUCGCCCUGCGCCUGGGGCUGCUCCUCAGCCUGCUGGCCCAGCAGCCCGUGAGCGCCAAGAAUGACAGCGGCUCUGCCCUCGAGCAAGCCGUGGUGGAGCCGAUAGUGCAGCUGUUAGAGCCGGGUUUGAAUGCUACAGUAUCCAAGGAAGUAGAAUUUGGAACAUGCACAGUGACGUGUGGUAUUGGCAUUCGAGAAGUUAUAUUAAUCAAUGGGUGCCCUGGAAGCGAAACAAAAUGUAUUGUUCGUGUAGAGGAAUGCAGAGGACCAGUAGAUUGUGGAUGGGGUAAACCAAUUUCUGAAAGCCUUGCAACUGUGAAGAUCCCAUGUAUUUUUAUACCUCCAGAGAAUCGAUUUACAUAUCUUUGGAAAUUGUUAAUUCCAGACCAGCAAUCACUGAUUCUUCCUAAUGAUUCGGCUAUUCUGGAGGUACACAGGGAUACCCAUCCAGUAGCUUUCCAGUGUGACACAAAAGAAAAUAAUGAAAUAGUUGCCUCUGUAAAAUAUACAGUAUAUACAACAGCUGAAUUGGAAACAAGAAGAUUAAGAAGACCAAACACAGAUAUAGUUCUGGUGUUUGUCCUGAUAACUGGAGUUAUUGUUUGUGUUGGUGUGAUCUUUGCAUUAAUCUUCAUAAUUCUUCACUGGGCAGCUGUAAAAGCAUUCUGGACAUCAAAAGUUGGUAAGAGCUCCAAAGAAGAACAAUCAAGCUCUCAAGGUUCAAUGAGAACCAUAGAAGAAGCACCAGGAUCAGGAUCUGUAUUGGCAUCAGGAUCAAGAUUAGCAUCAGGAUCAAGAUUAGCAUCAGGAUCUGGAUUAGCCUCAGCAACAAUGUCAGUACCAACAUCAUCACAUAUAGAUACUACUGGACAAGAACAGGAGUCUUUCCAUGAAUGGAACAAUGAAGAAGAGAAUUAGAAAGAAAAAUAAGACUAGACUAAAUUAAAAGAUUAUCUGAAAAGAGAUUAUAAUAAAGCAUGUUUAAAAUACUCACAUUACUGGUUUUAAGAUUUUUUUUUAACAUACAUUGGGUAUAUAGAGCUGAACCUUAAAGAUGGUGUGGUAAAAAUACUAGACCCUGCUGCCCUGCACCAAAGGGCCAUGCUAUUGACUCUGGCCGCUAGACCACACUGUCCUGUAUUGAAAGGCAGCACUAUUAACUCUAGCUGCUAGGCCACGCUGCCCUUGGGCACCAGGGCUUUUAACUUUUUACUGGUCCUUAGACCCCUGGGUGGCGAGAUCAGAGACAGACAAGUGGACCAUAUCCCCCCACAAUCCUUCUUUUGGGCCAGGGUGUGCAUACACCACCACAAAGGCCCUUUAAAAAUUUGUCCCCAAAAUAAUUAAAAUAAACGUUAUGACCAAAUUCCUUGGAUAAGUGAAAUCUCUGAAAAGGGACCCUUGGAAAUAACAGUUUUGGUAUUUUACAUCAUAGUGACUUAAAAAAAAAAGACUCAUUUCAGAUACUCAAGAAUGGACAAAAUUGGUUCUCAAUAAACAGUAUAUUGUUUAAAAACAGAAACACAAGAAAAGUAUAUACAGAACAUGGCAUUUGCAAACUACUGGACAAAGCUACAUAGCCAUAUAGAUGCAGAUCCAGGAAAUUUACACUCAACUGGUGAAGAGCUUGUAUAUUGUGAAAAAUGAUGAUCUUUGGGUUUUAUUCUUCUUCCUUAAUUUUUGGCAUUCUAAAACCUCUCACAAUACCCGCCGUCCCAAGAAAAUUAAAUGCAAAAGUCCAGCAUUAAAUAUGAAACAGUACCUAGCUGCUCCAUACUUAGAGUUGCAACUCACUUUCUGUUACAACUCUAAAGUUAUGAGAUCACAAGCACUCAAAAGUCAGGAAACUUCAAAAGUUAAGGUUGCUCUGGCAAAGUUCCUACAUUCUUACACCCUGUAUUAUUUUAUUAUCUUCUUUACCCUGCUAGAUGUAAACCUUAAUGUAUUACUUUUUCUAUUAGUCCACAUUAUAAAAUACAUAAAAUGCAACAUAGCCUUUUAAAUAUAGCCAUAGCAACCUUUUAAUUUUUUGAAUUUCCUUAGUUUUGAUCCCACAACCUGAACAUUGCACUACUUUUUUUUCACUAUGGCAGAUAAGCUGAAGGAUAUCCAGAAAUAAAGGAUGAUCCUUUUGGAAUUCAUAACUCGUCUGUAUGCGAUCCUCCAUCUGUCUCAGAAAAUUUAGGAUACAUUUAUAUAGUUAUUUAGGUCUUGAUGUAUGUUUUAUUUAUGUCUGAUCUAAUACUGUAUAUGAUGGAAAUCAGUUUUUCUUUGACAGCUUUACUGUUCCUUGUUGGUGUCAUAAACAGAUGGUUAAGGCUUAAUGUCUCUUUUACCUGUAAAGGGUUAAGAAACUCAGUAAACCUGGCUGACACCUGACCAGAGGACCAAUAGGGAGACAAGAUACUUUCAAAUCUUGGUGGAGGGAAGUCUUUGUUUGUGCUUUUUGUUUGGUUUGUUGUUCGCUCUCGGGACUGAGAGGAACGGGACAUCAUUCCAGGUUCUCCAAAUCUUUCUGAAUCAGUCUUUCAUGUUUCAAAAUUGUAAGUAGUAGCCAGGCAAGGCGGAUUAGUCUUAUGUUUGUUUUCUCAACUUGUAAAUGUGUCUUUUUGCUGGAAGGAUUUUUACCUCUGUUUGCUGUAACUUUGAAUCUAAGGCUGGUGCAGGGGGGUCCCUCUGGUCUAUAUGAAUCUGAGUACCCUGUAAAGCAUUUUCCAUCCUGAUUUUACAGAGGUAACUUCUACUUUUUUUCUUUCUUUAAUUAAAAGUUUUCUUUUUAUGAACCUGA